AUCCUCCUAUCCCUUAUCUCUUCUCCUCAUUUCUCUGCUCUUUUCCUCCCUGUAAUUCUAAUUUUCGUUCUCCAGAUGGGAGCUUGUUUUAGCAAAAAGAAGAAAGUUUCUUCUUCCUCCGCAUCUUCUUUAAAAAUAGAGGCGGCGGCGCCAAGAAAGAAUAAUGAAGCAGCCGUCAUGGAGUCGCAGGAGAUUAAAGUGGAGCAGUCCAACCCCACGAUCAAGAUUGCUGAGCAAAAAGAAGAGGACAAUUUAGUGGUACCCAAGAAGGAGAAAGAUGAAGAUCAGCAGAGUGUAGCCAAGAAGGAGGUAUUCAUCAUAAAGCAUAGGAAGAGUCACGACAGAGAAAGACCUUCACCUUCUCCUCCCCAGAAUGCAACAGGUGUUGCAGAGGUCGAUGCUAAUUCGAUUGGUGCCAUCAACAAUGUUAAUCCGGUGAGGACGUCGAGCUGUACCAAGGAGGAAGUAGAUGCCAUUUUGAUUCAGUGCGGACGGCUUAGCCGGAGUAAUUCAUCCGGGAAGGCGGUUUCUUCUGGGAGAAAGUACUCGGGUUCCAAGAGGAGUUACGAUUUCGAUCACGAAAGUGAGCCUGCGGUUGCUGAUCAAGAAUUGAAAGGUAAGGGAAACGAUGAGGAUGAAGAAACAGAGAGACGCCAGCACCGGCAACGUCACCGGCAGUCUCCUUCUAAGGGAAGGAGGAGGACACCCAGCAGGGAAAGAGAGCAGCAGCAGAGGUCCGGUAGCAGAGAAAGAAGCAGUAGCAGCGGUGGUGGAAGGCGGGUGAGCAGAUCCCCAGGGAGGAGAUCGGAAAACACACAAGCUGCUACAAGCAUCAACACGGCAAAUGCUAAUGGCAGCAACACCGCAAACAGGCCAGCGAAGAUGGUUUCGGUUCCUGCAACUGUUUCUUCCUCUUUGGCUGUGGAUAAGAGCAAUGCAGAUCAGGGUGCUACCAAAAGGAUCACUGUAAAAAGAAAUGUGGCUGAGACGGCAGUGGCAGGCUCCAGGACUGCAGCAUCACCUCGCUCUCGAUCCCCUGCAAGAACAAAUCCCAAAGGCUGCAACGAAAAUCAGCAGCAGCAGCCAUCACUCAGCCGCAACUCCUCAAGGAAGGCAGAGCAUUCUCCUUAUAGAAGAAAUCCUUUGGGUGAGAACGACCCCAGCUUAUUAAGGAAAACAGAGCACUCGCCUUAUAGAAGAAACCCUUUGAGCGAGAUCGACCCCAACUCUCUUCAAUACCCACAAUCUGCCACCGGCACCAAUAAGAAACCAAAUGCAGAGGUGAACAUCAGAGGUAGUAGUAAUAACAAAGGUAGCAAUGUUGAUGCAAAGGAGCAGCACAGAGUGGUGGACGAGGGUAAGUCACAGCCACCAUUGACGAGGAGCAGGUCGGCCAGGCGGUCACGGGAUUUGGACAUCAAUCCUGAAACAUUGUUAAAUCCUGUUCCUCCCACUUCAUACACCAGUUUGCUGCUUGAAGACAUCCAGAAUUUUCACCAGAAGAACACGGUUGCAGCGCCUGCCUUGUCACUUCCGGCGUGCGUGUCCAAGGCUUGCUCCAUCAUGGAAGCAGUGGCGGAUCUUAAUUCCACCACAAGCUCUAACCUCUCGGUGGGCAGGAAAAUGGGGGAAGGCAAGGACCCUUUCGUUGAUCUUAUGGAACCGAGUUUUCACAAGUAUGUGACAGUGAAGAGGGGUGGAGACAUGGAGGAGCAAGAAUCGUCUGGGAGUAACAGCUUUGUGAGCAGCGGACAGCAUUGGGGCUUUUCUUCGUCGUCCUGGGAACCCAACUCAGCAGAGUCAACUGAUCGGUGGAGUAGAGAGGAUGAUGGCUCAAGAGAAACAAAUGCCAUUGGGCGGGGCAGGGUAAUUCCGGUGCUUACAGCUUCUGCUUUCACAUAAUAGGUGGGUCUUUGUAUUAUUUGCAAACUUGCAACCAUUUACCUUCUGGUUCAUUUGUUGAAUUGGUUGUUAAUUAGUGAACAAGUGCAUUCUUCUUUCCGAGGUUCAAUGGUUUAAGUAUUGAAUGUUUCUCGCACCUACAGAAUCUAUUU